AUGUCGGAUAGCGAAAGCUCAAAAACAGUUGAUGAGGAGGAUAGUGCACUGGAGUCUGGAACAGACGACUUUGAGUCAACCCAUUGGAACACUGAGGGCACGCCCGUUACACCAGCAAUCACUCCUGGGGUGUUCACAUCGAGCGCGCGGGUCAAUGCGGACGGAAAUCCUAUUGUUUCAAAGCUCACGUUUGGCGUGCAUUGGAACGAGAACAGCUUUCCAGCAUGGAAUAAGCGUGAGCGCAGAGAUGACUCGCUAUGCGCGGUUGAAACUCCUUCUAGUGUUCUGAAAGGUUCUGAUCGGCCCCAUGUGUGUCAAAAGCCCGAAGUCACGCCCAUUGAAGUGAAGCAGAUCGCCUGUAUGUUUGAUCAAGUUCGAGAAGUGUUCGGUUUUCAGUUUCAUUCUGAAAUUAACAUAUUCGAACUUCUGAUGAGCCAGCUCGAUAGCCGUGCAUCGCGAAGUGACCCAGACGUUGCCCUCAGAUCGUUACACGCAGAUUAUAUCGGUGGACCUAACUCAAACUACAGGAAAUGGAUCUUGGGCUCUCAAAUGGAUCUAUUGGAUCAUGUCGAGUUGUACCCCAGUGCCAACGGGGCUGACUCUCCCACGAGCAAGGGCUCUAAGCGACGCGAGUUUGUAGUCUUAAGGUCAGAUGUAGACUCUGAUGUCCAGACUUUGACCAACAAGUACAACUUUCGCAAAGUCGAUAUAAAUGACGAGAAAAAAGAUGGUGCCGUGUCUCCCACAAGUGUAACAUCGGAAGGGCUAGCCUCAAGCACCAUAUCAUAUACGGACGAAGAGCUAACAUUAGAUCAGUCUGAGCUGAACUGGAUUCAAAGGAUGCAGGAUCUCUCAGAUGAAGACCGUAUGUUGGAUUUGAUUAUCUAUCUCAUGUGCUGGGGUGAGGCUAACCAAGUGCGGUAUAUGCCCGAAUGUUUAGCCUUCAUCUAUAAGUGUGCGCGCGAUUACUAUCCAGUUGCCAAGGAGGAGCUACCAGAGUACUUUUAUCUUGAAAAUGUUAUCACACCCUUGUACAAAUGCUACCGAAGUCAAAAUUUUGAUUGCGUAGACGGAAAACACAAGAAGCGUGAAGCCGAUCAUCAGCACAUCAUUGGGUAUGAUGAUAUGAAUCAACUCUUUUGGUAUAGAAAGAGUUUAGAAAAAAUCAAGUCAGGUGAAAAUCUGUUAUUGAAUUUGCCUCGAGGCGAACGAUUCCUCGCUUUGCAAAAUGUGGAUUGGGCGUCUUCUUUCCAAAAAACUUACAAGGAGGUUCGUACUUGGUUGCAUCUCGUCUUGAACUUCUCUCGCAUCUGGAUCAUCCAUGGUAGUGUAUUCUGGUACUAUACAUCAUUCAAUUCUGCCCCACUUUAUACUCCCAAUUAUGGGCGACACGAGAGUGAACCACAAAAUCACAUACGGCUCUCAAUAGUAUCUCUAGGAGGUGCUAUUGGGCCGCUACUUACUAUUACUGCCCUACUUCUUGAGCUGUGGUUUGUCCCGAGAAGUUUUGCUGGCUCUGAACCUGUGCUUCCACGCUUGCUGGUGACAACUGCCAUGCUUGUGAUCAUCGUUGCACCAUCGGGUUUUACGCUAUUCUUUACACCAUGGGACUCUCCUCAUACAUUGGCCACGCUGUUCACCUCUGAUUUCCAGGAAUUGACCAAAAACGAUCAAAGCAUAUCUUGGAUGGUGUCAAUCUUGGUGUUUGCAGCCAAAAUGACAGAGUCUUAUUUCUUUUUGACAUUGUCACUUAAGGAUCCCAUCCUAGAGCUCAGCUUGCUGAAUGUCACUGAUAAGUGCGUAGGAGACCUAGCACUUGGGUCAAUUUUAUGUCGCACCAUACCGAUCAUACUUCUCACGUGCAUAAUCAUCACUGAUAUGGUCUUGUUUUUGCUGGAUACUUAUCUUUGGUAUGUUAUCAUCAACACCCUCGUUUCAAUCGUCAUAUCCUUCUAUGGCGGCGCAUCGGUCUGGACUCCGUGGAGAAAUAUCUACUCUAGACUUCCGCAACGAAUCAAGUCCAAAAUACUCACAACUACAAGUGAUCAAGCUUUGAAGAUGCUUUGGAACUCUAUAAUUGAAAGCAUGUACGACGAGAGUCUUCUCACUUCCGAGCAGGCAAGAAAGCUGAUGUACACUCUCCACCGGGCCCAUGUUGGUGGAGGAGAUAGUACUGUCGUGGAGCCAGCAUUCUUCACCAGCGAAGAAGAUCGUAGUCUAGAAGCCUCGAUUUUCAAGGCUACCUGCGAGGCUCAUCGCCGUAUUUCGUUCUUUGCCCAGUCUUUGGCCACACCAAUCCCUGAGCCCAUAUCAGUUCAAGAAAUGCCCUCGUUCACCGUUCUUGUUCCUCAUUAUAGUGAGAAAAUUUUCCUAACUUUGCGAGAAACUAUUCGCCAAGAUAAUGAAAGUUCCACUGUCACUAUAUUAGAGUACCUCCAAAGACUGCACCCCACAGAGUGGGACUGUUUUGUGAAAAAAUCCCGCGGGCUGGCUACUCAGUAUCGAGAACAUAUUGUUUCAAAUAAAACUGCGAAAUCCGAGUCGGAGGAAUCGGUGCCAUCGGAUAUUCCUUUUACCCUUAUCGGUAGCGACCUUGAGAGUGAGAAGUUCGACAUUCCUUUCAAAAAGUUGGGGUUUGUCACAUCUCUGCCAGUUGAAACGAACAGAGUGAGAAUGUGGGGCUCCUCUCACACCCAAACACUCUACCGCACUAUCAAUGGCUUUAUGAAGUAUGCAACUGCAAUCAAGGUUUUGUGUUUUUCGGAAAACGACGCUGUUAGGAAUGCCUAUAUGCCCAAGAAAGAUAUCAUACAUUUGAUUGACAGUCUGAUUCAAAGGAAGUUUAGGCUUUUGAUUUCUAUGCAGCGCUUUGAUUCAUUCAGCGAGCAAGAGCGCAACGAUGUCAUUGCUCUAUUGCAACAAUUCCCUAAUUUGAGUCUUGUUUAUGUUGAGGAGAUCAAAGGGUCAAAUGGAGAAGAAUCUACAUUUUACUCAACGCUUCUCGAUAGUACUUGUGUUGAAAAUGGAACUUAUCAAGAACCAAGACUCAGAGUUAGAAUCUCUGGAAAUCCAAUUCUGGGGGACGGAAAAUCUGAUAAUCAAAAUCACUCUUUGAUUUAUUAUCGAGGAGAGUAUAUUCAACUUAUUGAUAGCAACCAAGAUCAUUAUUUGGAAGAGUGCAUUAAGAUCAGAAACGUCCUGAUGGAGUUCGACGAGAGAGAACUUCCUAGUAAUCCAUAUGUCAAAGAUGAUCUUGUUCCUCCACCAGUGGCCAUAGUGGGGGCACGUGAAUAUAUUUUUAGCGAGAACAUCGGAGUCUUGGGUGACGUAGCGGCGGGUAAAGAACAAACAUUUGGAACUUUGUCGGCUCGAACGUUGGCUAAAAUUGGAAGCAAGUUGCACUACGGUCAUCCCGACUUUCUGAACGCUGUAUUCAUGACAACGAGAGGUGGUGUUUCAAAAGCUCAAAAGGGUCUUCAUCUCAACGAGGAUAUUUACGCAGGUAUGAUGGCACUUACUAGGGGUGGCAGAAUCAAGCACAGUGAAUACAUUCAAUGUGGCAAGGGUCGAGAUCUUGGAUUUGUAUCUAUCCUCAAUUUCACCUCUAAAAUUGGGGCAGGAAUGGGGGAACAGAUGCUGAGUCGUGAGUACUUUUACUUGGGAACUCAAUUGCCUAUUGACCGGUUCAUAUCGUUCUACUACGCUCAUCCUGGAUUCCACAUCAACAACGUGCUUAUCAUCUUCUCAUUGAAACUGUUCUUGACAUGCUUGUUAAUACUGGCUUCACUUCGGUAUACAUCAACUCUCUGCGACCCUAGUAAAAUGCCGGCUGUGGUGGAAUUUUAUUAUGAUCAUUGCCAAAACCUUCUGCCUAUCUUACACUGGGUCAACCGCUGUGUUGUAUCAAUUUUCCUUGUAUUUUUUAUUACUUUGCUGCCUCUAUUCGUCCAGGAGCUUGCCGAAAAGGGAUUCUUGCGUUCAAUCAGUCGCAUCGGUAACCACUUUCUCUCAAUGUCGAUGCUGUUUGAGAUUUUCGUUUGCCGAAUAUAUGCCACGUCCUUCAUCCAAGAUAUGAAUUUAGGUGGAGCCAAGUAUAUUGCGACUGGUCGAGGUUUUGCUACAUCACGCUCACCUUUCCAUGUCCUUUAUGCUGGUUACGCCCCCUCAGCCUUGUAUUUCGGCCUCAAAUCAUUCCUGAUCCUGCUGUAUGCUACGAUUGUUUUCUGGCACCCAUCCCUUCUAUGGUUUUGGGUCACGGUGGUCGCAUUGUUAUUCUCCCCAGUAUUGUUUAACCCUCACCAAUUUUCAAGGCUCUGCUUUUUCAUGGACUACGGAAGACUCAUCAAGUGGUUUUCACGUAUUGAUAGUAACGAUUCUUGGCAGGCAUAUGUGCGGACCAAUACCGGCAAAUUGACUGGUUACAGAAACACCUCAGGAAACGACGCGGCACACCCAAAUCGUCCGAAGCUGGCUAAAGUUCUGUUUUGUCGGUUAGUCCCUGAUAUCAUGUCACUCAUGAUAGUGCUCAUGCCGUAUGUGUAUGUCGGCUCACAAAGAUCAAGCAAGUUCCAACGAAAUCCUCGCAACAAUCCCAUUUUGAGGAUCGCUAUUUGCGCAUGCGGACCGUACUUUGUGAACCUUGUCACACUUCUGCUGGGCCACUUGGUCUCAUUAUUUGCGAACAUAUGUUUGCGGAAGAGUAAAUCAAAGCUACUGUUUGUUGCAGGAGUUAUAGCCACUACUCUGAGAAUCCUUGGCGUAUUUGUGCUAGCUGCAUUUUUGGCCCUCUUAUAUUUACUUGAAAGAGGAUCAGUUCCAAACGUCUUGCUCGGCUAUUUGGUUAUACUUUCAAUACAAAGUCUUAUCAACUCUUUCUUGGUCACCUGUGUACUCAGCAGGCAGCGGCCUCGAGAAGAAACAAGUACCCCAUGGUGGACAGGAGGCUGGCACUCCAUGCAUCUUGGAAUUCAAGUUAUCCCUGUGUUUUUCAACGAGUGGUUGACAAAGACUAUUGAGUCAACACAGUUUGUUACAGAUUACCUACUGUGCCAUGCUAUUCUCGCCGCCCAAGUGCCUCUGCUGCUUAUUCCUUACAUCAACAAAAUCCAUUCCCUGCUGCUGUUGUGGCUCAAUCUAGAUGGUGAGUUCCCAGUCCCUUUCCAAAAGGCGAGGCAACAGCGGCUGAGUGCCCAAAGAUACUUUCUCCUCUUUUUGACCACGAUUUCUUUGCUUGUGGGUUUAAUUGUGGCACCGAUUGUAACACCGAAUUUCAGUGACCUCGUUAAAUAUGUUGAUUUCAUUCCUGGAAUUGUAGCCUAG